AUAACGAUGUUUAACCGAAAUUCAAUUUCCCUGUAACUCCUCCCUCGUGUUUCAACAGUUUUUAGCAGCAGAGGCGGGGGCAAUUGGUUACCAUUCAGUUAUGGAAUGAAAUUUUCAUUUUCUUCUUCCUCCGUUGCUUUCUGUUCUCUGCUUCCUUCUCUUCUUCUCGACUUCUGGAGAUUUCUCACAUAUCUCUCGGCUUCUGAUUAGAGGAUCAAAAUCAUGUUGUUUUUUUCGUAUUUCAAGGACUUAGUGGGAAGAGAAGUGACGGUGGAGCUGAAGAAUGAUUUAGCAAUUAGAGGAACUCUUCACUCCGUUGAUCAAUAUCUCAACAUCAAGCUCGAGAAUACUAGGGUUGUCGAUCAAGACAAGUAUCCUCACAUGCUUUCAGUGAGGAACUGUUUCAUAAGGGGUUCGGUUGUGAGGUACGUCCAGCUACCUCCCGAGGGAGUCGACAUUGAAUUGCUUCAUGAUGCCACAAGAAGAGAAGCUCGGGGAGGCUGAAAUACUUUUUAAUGAACAUCUGACUUGAGAUACUUCUAAUAGUUUCUGAAUUAAGCAAAGAUAAGUUACUUAGUAAUGAAAGAGAUCCUUCUUUGUACACACAAAUUGAUGUUGGCUUGUUUAUCAACAUAUUUUAUUGAGUAAACUACAAAAAUAGUCACUUUUGUUUGUUUCA